AUGGCUCUAUUAUGCUUAAACAUUACAACGAUUGACUGGAUAACAGUCUCGUUUUUGGUCAUAGGAGCUUACGUUUUACGAUAUUAUUAUAAUUAUUUUACGCGUAAAAAUCCUCUUCCUGGACCAAUUCCGUUCCCUAUUGUUGGAAACUUGUUACAACUCGGUCUAGAUGGUACGAAGAUAGCAAAGCAUUUAGAUUCAAAAUAUGGGAAUAUAUCUGAAGUAUAUUUUGGUUCGAAUCGAUCCAUUUUUAUAUCAGGAUUAGAUGAGGUGGAAAAAAUCUAUUCUCCUACGUCCAUCAAGAAAAAUGAUUUUAUUUAUAGGUUGCCACCAAAUAAAGGAAUUAAUGAAAUAGGUUUGGAAAAAAAUGGAUUGAUGUUUAAUAGAGAUAUAAAAGAUUGGAGUAUUAAUCGCAAAAUACUUUCUCAAACCUUGAUGUCUAGGGUAUUUUUAAGGAAUACAAUUAAAUUGAUUGAAAAAAAUUGUGAUGAAUUAUUUCAAUAUUGGGAUUUAUUUGGUGUCGCCGAACAUGAUAAUUGUACCGUGAUUGAAGUGCCAAAGUGGACGAGAGCGUUUACUAAUGAUUUAAUCAUUGAAACCACCAUUAGUAAGAAAAGUUAUGCCAAAGCAAAUUAUUUUAAUCGUUUAAGUGACAAAAAACUUGACAUUCCUCAACAUCUUUUAAAGCAAUCCGGUGAUCUCAUUGAUAACCUUUUUGCUGCCUUAAAGGGUGGAAUGUUUAUCAUUAACGUGCCAAGUUGUAUUAGACACACAAUUUUUAAAUAUUUAAACGAUAUGAUUAUUGGUUUAUUUUAUCGAGUUGAAGAUGUUAUUAGUAAAAGGGUUAAAGAAAGGCGUCAAGAGAUAGAAGCGAUGUCCGUCGAAAAAGAAUUACCAUCGGAUCUUUUGACCAUGAUGAUUACGACGAACACAUCACGUGAUCAAAAUAAAAUUAGGUUGGGGGAUUAUUCCGAACCUUUAUCUGACAUUUCAAUCUGUAAGAUUAUAGUGGAAUUAAUUAUUGGAGGAACUGAUACUACUAUGGCCACGAUAUCUUUCGUCUUGGCUUAUCUUUGUAAUCAUCCUAAAGUCAAAGAUCAGUUGAUUAAAGAAAUUGAACAAGUUUAUGGUGUAAAUUUAUCACCAACAAUUACAAUUGAAUCACUUGAUAAACUUCGUUACUGUGAGGCUGUUAUUCAUGAAACUGCUCGUAUUUGUCCGGUAAAUGAAGUAUUCUUUAGAACGUCAAAUAAUCGAGUUGAACUUUGUGGGUAUACUUUUGAACCGGGAACAAUGUUUUGGACAAAUUUUUAUAGUCUUAAUAAUAAUGAAAAUUAUUGGGUUGAACCAGAUGCAUUUAAUCCUGAUAGAUUCUUGGAUAAUGAUUUGAAAAAGCUAAAAGCUUUCUAUCAAUUCGGUGGGGGAGUUAGGCAUUGUCCUGGUAGAUUACUUGUUAUGGCACAACUUAAAUCUUUCCUUGUACGAUUCUUUUCAAAGUAUGAUAUCGAAUCAACUAUUUCAAAUCAGCCUAUUAUAAAAGGUUUUGCCGGUGGUAUCACAUAUUGUGAGAAAUUUGAUGUUUAUAUUAGACCUAAAAAAAUUUGA